UAAACACACUUUUAUUGGUUGAUUUUUGCUAAAUAUAGCAUUUUAUUUCAAUAUAUUCGCGCAUUACACUCGUAGUCUUGGUUACACAACAUAAUGUAACAAUUUUUCCAUUGAAAAAUACAAAAACAUAACUAAACUUUCGUGUAGGCCGGGAGCUUAUUCAUUAUGGGUCGAGUCUUACACAAGGCUCGUAACGGCACCAUCAUACGCAUAGCCAUCCCCGGACCCUCACUCAUAUCAAUCUCUUUUUCGUUCACCUUUUUCCAAUCAAAGCAUUGAAUUAACGAUCCUAACGCUAAUGUCACAAUCUUGUGCGCUAGUCCAACACCGGGACAUAUUCUCCGUCCGCUUCCAAACGCUAUCAGCAUACGAACAUCAUCUUUUUCUCCUUCUCCACCGUUGAACCUCUCAGGGUUAAACCUCUCCGGUUCGGUCCAAAGAUCUGGAUCUCUAUGUAUCGCCCACGCGUUCACCAUUACCAUUGUGUCACGUGGCACAUCGUAUCCUCCGAUCUUGAUGUCUUCUGCUGUUGAUCUUGGCACAAGAACCGGCGCUGCUGGAUGUAGCCGGAGUGUCUCGGAUACUACGUUUUGGAGUGUAGUACUCAGGGUCGUCCUGUUGCAAAGAGAGCAAGUGAUUAACCAUAGUGUUACCGUCUUUAUCACUCUUGCACUCGUCAAGCAGACGCUGCAACAUUUCAUCGAUGACUUUUGCUGCAGCUUUCACCUCCUUCUCAAAGCUCCCUCCGAAUAUCUUCAUGAAGGGCAAGUAUUCUCCAGGAUGCCUCGCGCCACUAUUAGUGGUGAUGAAAGUAAAAAGCUUCUUGAACAACUCUGCUUCUUCUUUGUCGCUGACAUCGUCGCCGUAGUAUAUCUUCCCUGUAACCAUCCUCACGAUAUUGUUGAACGUUAGGUCGUACAAGAUAGACUCGAGCUCGACCUCUUUGCCGACACGGGCGUCACGUGAGAGUCUCGUUAGCAUGCGCUGGAUCUCCUCUUUGCGGAUGUGGAGAAAGUUGGCGAGACGUUUUGAGGAGACGAUUUCGAGGGAGCAAAUGCGGCGGAGGUUACGCCAGUGGUCACCGUAAGAUGUUGUUGCGAUGGUUGUGUAGUUGUAAGCAAUGUAUUUGGAGGUUAGAAAACGAGGGCGGUUUGAUACAAUGACAUCGUUUUGACCUGUGAAGCAUUCUCUUGCCAGCGAGGAGGAAGAUAUGACGACGGCACGGCGGGAACCAAGUCGGAGGUAGAAGAUUGGGCCAUGGAUAUUGGAAAGGCGGUGGAAGAGACGGUGAACCGGCGGUUUGAUGAGGAGGUGGUGGCCGAGGAUUGGGAGAGAGUAAGAUGGAGAGGGAGGGAGAUAGUAACGCUGCUUUUUAGAUGUAAAGAAGAAUUUGUAAGCCAAGAGGAAGAGAGCUAAAGGAAGAAUAAUCACAUAGUUAAACAUUUUGUACUUCUUUCUUUGGUGAUUGUCUCCGAUCGAAUGAUUUGGUAAUCUAUUUAUAGUAGAAAAUUGAGUAAUCACA